UGUUAUCGAACGAAUAAAUAAGCGAUUCUUCUACCAACGGAAAACCACAUUGAUCUCCAUCGCUCCUGCGAAGCAACUGAUGUCUACCAUGAAAGUAUUCGCAUCCGUCUACAUCAUCUUCGCGAUCUGCAUCGCGGCGUCCUUACAAGAGACCCCGCACUUUCCUUGCGACAAUGGACCUAUGCCCAAGUCGUUGAGAGUGGAAGGAUGCGAUAGUUCUCCCUGCAAACUCUACAGAGGGACCGAUUUAAACGCGCAAUGGGACUUUGUUGCCAACGCUGACGCGGAAUCGCUGAAACCCCGCGUGAAAGUGACGUUCGCGGGGAUCACGAUAGAGUAUCCGUAUCCCGAGCAAGAUGCAUGCAAAUCCCUGACGAAUGGCGAAUGCCCGUUGAGCGAGGGUGACGAGGCAACAUACAAUUUGAAGAUGCCGAUAUCUGAGCUUUAUCCAUCCCUGAGUAUGACCAUUGAGUUUGGAUUGAUCGACGAGAACGACAAUGCGCAGGUGUGCUUUUUGGUGGACGGUCAGGUGACCGACAAAUAAGCUCUCGUCUCAUUGUUCUAAUGCAUCUUUGAUAACGAAAUGACCGAUGAAAUCCUAAUUUUUCACGAAAGAAAAUUUUUGUUUUAUAUUCGCAUCGAUUAUUUGAUAUUGCAAAGUUGUAAAUUUUAUAACUGAGCAGGCAACGAGAUACGAUAAAAUCAAGCGUUAAGCUAUACGCGUACUAUUAAGAUCGUAUCUUAAGAUUAAGAAAAGGAAUUAAGAUAUAAGUCGAUAAUGAAAUUAUUCGAUUAAGCGACUGUAUCUCUUCACUCAAAUGUAGAAGAGAGGGUAGUAUUAUGGCCCUUAUUAUAGGUAUUACUUAUAAUAUAAUAAUAUAUUUGAUAUUAGGUGAGAUUUUUAUGAUUACUCAUGGAAUUAUUUGUUUAGUAAUUCGUAGUUAUGCAGUGGCAUUUUAAAUAUUAAAUAUUUUAUAAUUUUUUUGAAGUUAAAGAAUCGAUUAAAUAUUACAUUAGUGAAUGGAAAAAUUUUAAGUUUUUAAUUAAAAAUAUUAAUUAUAUUAACAAUUAUUGUAAAAAAUGUUAAGGAGGGCACAUGAUACCACCUUCUCCUGUGCCACUUGUUUUUUGCACAAUAUAAAUCUUUAAAUUGUUAAACUUGAUCAAUAUUGCUGUAUUAGAUUAUUCAUGUAAGAGUAAUUAAAUAAAUUUAUGUAUUAAAUUUUCAUCAACAUUA